GAAGAAUGGCGACGACAACGACAGGCAGUAGGAAACGCAAGGCGCCUAUUGCCGAGCAGCCCAGACAGAGCAAGCCUGGUCCAGAGCUGCGUCCGCACAAGAAGGCUAGACGCAGAAGCACCAGACUCGCUCGAAUUGCCCAUGGAAUUGCGGCAGCACCUGCACCAACUGCCGCUCUACCAGUGGUACCAGAGAUAGCAAUAGUACCAGAGGCGCCAAUAGUACCAGAGACGCCAGCAGAACAGGAGAAACCAGCAGUACAAGAGACACCAGUUGUACCAGACACGACGCCAUUGAAUGCAGUACCAAACCCCCGGGAGACACUGUCCGUCUUUGUCUUUGGCGAUGGUGAGAUGGGAGGCCUUGGCCUGGGUACUAAAGUGACAGAGGCAAAGAGACCAAAGCUCAAUCCGUUUCUCGAUCCGACAAAAGACAUUGCGUUCCACGCUGUUCGAAUUGCCUGUGGCGGUAUGCACAAUGUUGUAUUGACCAACGACAACAAGAUUGUGACCUGGGGUGUCAAUGAUUGCCAUGCUCUAGGCCGCAGCACAGAUUGGGACGGCGGUUUGCGAGAUGCAGACGCCGAGGAUUCCGACGAAGAGGGCGAUUUGAAUCCGCUCGAAUCGACACCAAUGGCUGUCGACUCUGUGCACUUUGCACCCGGCACGAAGUUUGUGUCGGUUGCUGCCGGCGAUAACUGCACUCUUGCCCUCACGGACGAUGGUCAGGUGUAUGCAUGGGGAACCUUUCGUGACCCAGAUGGCAAGGAAGCGUUUGGAUACGCAGAAGACGGAUCGAAAAUCAUCAAGCAACCAAUACCCGUCCCCGUUGCUGGUCUACAAAACAUUACACAAAUAGCCUGCGGCGAAAACCACGCCCUCGCCCUCGACAACACAGGUACCAUCUGGGGCUGGGGCACCGGUGGCCAGAACCAAUUCCUGUCUGUAGGAAAUGCAUCCAUCCAAGAUACACUUCGACCUCUUAUCGUUCGACCGUGCGAGAACAAAGUAAAGUAUAUUGCAAGCGGACCGAACCAUUGCUUUGCAAUUGACGACAGCGACAAGGUUUGGGGCUGGGGCCUGAACAACUUUGGACAAGCGGGCCAUGCCGAAUCAGCAGGAGGAGACGAGGCAUUCCGUCCAGAAGCGACGAGAAUCGAUGGCCUUUGCGGUCGAAACGUGAUUCAACUCGCUGGAGGAGGCUCUCAUUCCGUCGCCAUAACUGCUGCUGGAGAGUGUUUUGUCUGGGGUCGCAUGGAUGGCGGUCAGCUCGGUAUUGAGUUUACACCUGAGCAGCUUGCGGAUGAAACUUUCUUUCGACGGGAUGAGCGCGGUAAGCCGAGAAUCUGUCUGGCGCCGACUGCUAUUCCGGGAUUGGGCAAAGUGAUACAGGUUGGCUGCGGAACCGACCAUACUAUCUUCAUCAACGAUGAAGGAAAGGCGUAUUCUACGGGAUUUGGUACACAGAACCAGCUUGGAUUGGGUCAGGAUGAAGAUGUCUUUGUCGCCACGCAGAUUAAAGGAAAGGCCGUGAAUGAUGAGAAAUUUGUAUGGGCGGGAGCAGGGGGCCAAUUUUCUGCUAUUGCGUCCACACGAGCAGAAGCAACAGCCUGAUUCCACCAAGAUCACGGAUAUAAAGACGUGUAAAUAAUAUGAUACCAUGUGAAACCGGUAGAUGUAAAUACUAUUCUCUACUAUUACUACUACCACUAUUACUAGGCUUCGGUGGCUGGCUGAUUGCUA